AUGGCGUGGGAAAAGGCCUCCAAGAGGGGUUUUUGCAACAUCGUACCAAGGUGGUACUGCUUUCCAGCUAGCAAAGAUAGGUUAGGAGUAGAUGAGAAGGGGGUGGUGUCCAUAUUCUUUUCGGAAAUGCCAGACAGAAUCAGAGCUUGCGAUAUAUAUGAUUUGUUUGGGUGCUACGGGGAAGUGGAGGAGGUUGUGAUCCCAACUAAAAGAAACGGGUGGGAGAAACGAUAUAGAUUCGCAAGGUUUACCGAUACUGAAGACGCAAGGCUACUCGCGGUGAGGCUGGAUAACAUCAUCAUAGACGGAAAGAAGAUUCACGCGAAUCUUCCAAGGAUCGAUAGAUGGAACAAGCUCGGGAGACUGGGGGUACAGGGAGCCGGUGUUAAUCGGAGACCCUUUUUUAAGACUGGUUCUUCUGUUCAUUUCGAGGGUAAGGAGGGAUAUAGGAAGGGAGUACUCAAAGGGUUUCGCGGAGGCGCCACUUACGCGGAGAAUGUUGUUUACGGGAAGAAAGAGGAGCAUUCUCAGUCUGAGUUUUUGAUGUCCUACGAGAGUAAUGAAGAAGAUAGAACAAGAUUGUCCAAAGCUUAUGUUGGAGAAGUGAUUUUUCCUGGAUCUUCUUAUAACAUCCAGACCUACUUUGAGAUGGAGGGAAUGUUCUCUAUUAAAGUUACCCCUUUGGGUGCAUCUUUGUGUUUGUUAGAAGAGGUCGAAGAGGGUUUCAUUCAAGAUCUUAUAGGGGAGGGAAAUACUUGGUGGAGGCAAUGGUUUAAAGAGAUUAAACCGUGGAGCUACAACAUAGUCGAUAAUGAUAGGGACAUAUGGAUCCGUCUAUACGGAGUUCCUUCCAUGACUUGGAACUUUGACUUUUUUGUGGGGUUGGGAAACAAGAUAGGAAAGUUCAUCUGUGUGGACGAGAAUACAUCGUCAAGGUCUUGCAUGGAUAUUGCCAGGAUUAUGAUUACAGUACCUUUGUUGUUUCAUCUGGAAGAUUUCGUAAAUGUGGUGAUUGAUGGGAAGGAAUACUCUCUGGUGGUUAGGGAAGAUUCGUUUGGGCCACUCCGCAUUUCUUCGGCCCAAAAGGAGAAUAACAGGAAGGAUUUGGAGACUUCUUCUUCCGAAUUUGAAGACGAGAAUAACUUGGCAUCCGGCAAAUCGGAAGGGGAAGAAAGCCAGCCUCUGAGGGCUUCUUUUUCCAGUUCUAACAAAGAGGAGCUCCUUGAUAACCGGAGGAUAAUGAACAGGAAGCGUAAGUUAUGGAGUAAACUGAUUUAUCUGAAGUCGAUCUUUUUGGACGAGGAGUGGAUCAUAGGUGGGUACUUCAACUCUAUUAAGAACAGAGGGGAGAGGGUUGGGAAAAACAACUAUGAUUAUAACGAGGAGUGGGGGGAAUUUUCUGAUUUUAUCAAUGCUGCUGGAUUUAUAGACCCUCCCUGUAAAGAGAAGAAAUUCAGUUGGUUCGGAGGAGAUGGAAGAUGCAAAAGUCGUUUGGACAGGUUUCUUGUGACCAAUUCUGUUAUGGAUAGGUGGGGCGUGGUGGGACAUUUUAUUGUCCAGAGAGACAUUUCUGAUCACUGCCCGGUUUGGUUGACGGUAGACUCGGAAGAUUGGGGACCUAAACCGUUCAAGUUCAACAACGAAUGGUUUAAAGAUAAAGAUUUCAUGUUAUAA